AUGCAGCUUAGCCUUUCUAAAUAUCAAGAAGAAAACAGGAUCGUGAAUGCUGUGAUGGCCUCUGAGAGGGAAGAUUUUGGUCUUUCAGGGCCCUUACACCUAAAUAGUAUAGAUUGGACCAAUGCACAUCAUCGAAGGUCUGUAGCAGCUAGUUUGGUUGAGGGUGUCUAUAUUUUGGAGCGAGACCGCCAGGAAAAACGUCAAGAAUCUCAAGCUCUGGCUCCUCCUUGGUGGGAGUUCUUCCAUUUUAAGUUGAUUCGUCAGCUUGUUGAUGAUGCUGAUUUUUGCAUCUUUGGUGUCAUUUACGAGUAUAAGCCUCCAUCAUCUCAUUGUCAUGACUCAAUUGAUCGAAGCCCCCGCUAUGUGAUUGCCUUCCGAGGUACCAUAACUAAACCAGACUCCUUCUCAAGAGACUUUGAGUUGGAUAUCCACAUAAUACGAAAUGGUCUCCAUCAGACUUCUCGCUUUGAGAUUGCCAUGCAAGCUGUUCGAAACAUGGUUGCUGCUGUGGGUGAUUCAAACGUCUGGUUAGCUGGCCAUUCCCUUGGGGCAGCAAUGGCAAUGCUGGCUGGAAAGACUAUGGCUAAGACAGGCAUUUUUCUGGAAGCUUUCCUCUUCAAUCCACCGUUCUUAUCUGCCCCAAUUGAGAGAAUUAAAGAUAAAAAAGUGAAACAUGGACUUCGAUUUGCUGGCAGUGUCAUCACAGCUGGACUUGCUCUUGCCACAAAGGGUAACAGUCUAAGGAGUAGGUCCGAAGAUCCAUUUGCUGCUUUGUCUGCAUGGACCCCAUGUUUAUUUGUGAAUCCUGCUGACCACUUAUGCUCUGAAUACAUUGGUUAUUUUGAGCAUAGGAAAAAGAUGGAAGAGAUUGGAGCCGGGGCUAUCGAGAGGUUAGCCACCCAGCAUUCAUUAGGAGCUCUAUUUAUGAGUGUCGUGGGACAGGGUGCAGAAGCUGCAGAACCACUGCAUCUUCUUCCUUCAGCAAAUUUGACAGUGAAUCUAACUCCUGCACAAGAUUUCAAGCAAGCCCAUGGGAUUCACCAGUGGUGGAGACCUGAACCACACUUGAAGUGCAAUCUUUACAAGUAUAAAUAGUUUGUGCUUGUCCUGAUUUAUGUUGU